UUUUUUUUGUUGAUACAAUUAUCAACCACUGAUUUUUGCCAAUCAUCAUCAGUAAUGCAGUGUGAAUUUUAUCUCUAUUGAUUAACAGCAAAAAAAAUGAUAAAUAAAAAUCGAUUAAAAUUGAUGGAAUUUUUUCUUUUAUAGCUAAAAUAAUCGAUUGUAUCGCGAUUCUAGCCACCAUCUCUUGUCACUCAUAGCCGUUUUAAAUUGUUUUUUUUUUGUUUAUUGUUUGGAUUUUUUUUUUGCAAAGCAAGCAGCUGCUAUGUAGCAUUGACAUUCAAUAUCUGAUGUCAAAUUACAAAUAUACAGGAUAUUAUUUAAGACGUAGAUACAUCAUUGUAUCUUAUCGAAUCAUCAUCAUUUAAAUAAAUCAUUCAUUUCCAUCAUCAGUCUGUAGACAUUGAAUCAUCGAAUCAUUCAAGAUGGAUGAUGAUCUACAAAUAUUAACUUUACCAUACAAUAAUGAUUUGUAUGCUAUUCAUCGUAAAACGAAUAAUAUUAAAGUGAUCAUUUUGCUUAUAUUGCAUGCUAUUAUUAUUAUUAUUAAUUGGAUAUUAAGUUUUGUAUUUCCAUUGGAACAACAUAAUUUCAUCAAUUCAGCAUGGCAUGAAGAACAAGAAACAAAAAUUAAUCUAUUAAAUUCCUAUAAUCUAACCAUAUAUUCACAGAUUAUUCUUUGGCUUCUUAGUUUAAUGAUAAAAUAUUAUUUAAAAAAUAUUUAUUAUCGAAGAUUACGUAUACUUGGCUAUAAUAAUCAUCAUACAAAAGUUAAAAAACAUAUACUAUUCACUAGUUUUAUUCUGCAUUUAGCCAAUGGUGUAUUGUUAAUCAGUACGGUCAUAUUUAAUCAUUCGGAUCGUAUAGAAAUAUUUGGCGUACAUUUAAAACCAAUUCAUGCAGCCGAAAUAAUAAUUUCCAUUGCAUCCAUUCCGAUAUUGAUCAAUAUUCAUAUACACAUUUAUCAUGAGAUUAAAUUUCGUCGUAGCCGUAAUCCACCGGAUGUUUUUUGUGUUGAUGAUCCAUCAAGACGUUUAACUUCGGAUGGUCUUAACCAAGUGGCAAUUCGAUCGUCAUCAUUCCUGGAGGAUUUAUUGGAAAAUCAAGCCGAUUUGAUCUAUAAUCUCAAAUUACAGAAUUCGCAUUUAAGAGAAUUACUAUACAAAGCGACCAAUAAUAAUCAGAAUGGAGAUAAUCCACCUGAAACAUCGUCAUCGACGGCUACAAAUAGAGAUACUAAUUAAUAAUCAAUUUCGAUAAACAUUCUAUUUCAUUUUUAUUUCGGUCAUUCAAUUGAAUCUAUAUUAUGGUUCCAUUAUUUUAUAGAAAAAAAAAUUUUUGUUUUCGUAAAAAUUACAUUAAAAAAAAAUUCACAUAUAA